AUGGCCGGCAAGGAGGAGGCGGGGAAGUUGAUGGUGAGUCCGGGCAGCGCUGCCAAUUCGACGGAGGCCAGCGUCGAUGGUCCUGCGGCGGUGUUCCCCUCCGCCGCCGGAUCCAUCUACAAGGAGGGUGACGAGUCUUUCGAGUCAGACAAGGGGGUGACUGCGAUGGACAAGAUGCUUGGGGAGGCGAAUCUGUCAUCUGUUGUCGCCAAUCAGCCGGCCGCAGCACCACCAGGUCCAAACAAGGGCAAGGUUCGGCUGUCGAAAGCCGAGAUUAGGACCAUAAUUGCGCUGAAGCCGGAGCAACACCCCAGCGCCGAUUACCUGGACGAUCUGGCAGAGUAUUUUCCUCUGGAGUGGAUUGAGGAAAGGAAGCGUGCCCACGCUGACAGUGUAGAGCUUUUCAAGAAGAUGGACGACGAUUUCGAAGAGUACCGGCAGGAGGUCAUCGCGUCUGUGCGGGACAAGGGCUACUACGAGGUCGAUGAAGAACUCAUCGCCAACAGGGAAAGGGGGAACGAAUACGCUGCCGAACAAUGGAAGAAGAUUGAUUGGACUGGAAUACAGAUUGCUAUCCCGGAGGACAGGCUGAGGGAUUCUGAUAGCUAUCGUCCAUACGUUCCUGACCAAGAUGAUGCUCUUGUUGAAGCUCUUGUGAUCGAGUGA